UUGGUAAUAUUUUUAACUGAAAUUGGCAGUCAGUCGAUAUUACGCGUUCGUGGUGUAUGCAGAUAGUUUGGUGAUUUUAUAGUGGGACGUAUAUAACGGUUAAAAUUUGCAAUGUCUCAUACAUAACGGUUAAAACUUAUAAUGUCUUAAUGCUUCGAAUUGUGCCAAUUUAAAAGUUUGACGGUUAAUGUUAUCGAUUACGAUGUAGCAAUCGAUUAUUUAUUUGUUUAAUAAACAAGAUUUUUGAAUAAAUCAAACUACCGUCAAUAAUAAAAAUACAAUUCAACAUCUUUAAAUUUAGACAAACUAUUUUAUAACUUAACCUCAAAAUGGGUUUCUGAACAAAAUCUUCGAAAAGUUAGCAGUAUUUUUGUGAAAAAAAAAAAUUUAAAUUUAAUUUUCUUAAAGAAAAAAUGUCUAAAAGCAAAUAAAACAAAGGCAGUGAAUAUGUCUAAUCAAAGUGAAUCACCAUAAGCAGUUAUGCGAAUCCACUCAUCGUAAAUUAAUUUUGCGCUGAUAAAAGCCUUAUCAAUAAACUGUAGAAAUUUUCGUAGGCUUACCACUUUUCACAAAGCUAAUGUUUAUAUACUUUGUUUUGUGUGUACUCAAAUGACUACAUAACUCCAUUUAUCAUUUAAGUCUUAUGGUAAAUACCCAACACCCACUUAAGGCAAAUUGGAGACCACUAUUGUACAUGUUUGUUUUUGUAUAUGUCUGUGCAUACAUAUACUUUAAAUUUUUCCUUGAAACAUUUUUGAUUGGCGUAAACGAAUAUGAAUAACAAUUUCAUUAGUAGCCCAAACGAUUUCCAAUACAUGGAUGGCACCGAGUCUGUAGAAUUCAAACGAACUUUCGCACUCGAUGGCAUCGGCGAAGACGAGACCUUACGUUUGUAUUUGCGUAAAGCGGGAUUAUCCGAUGAGAUUGAGUACUUGACCCCUGAGCAGCGACGCGCCUUCAUAUACGAUAUUAUUAAGAGCAACAAAAUGCCUGGAUAUUGGAUGCCAUCCACUAUGACCUCGCCAUCACCAUACAAUUUACCAACAACCCCAACUACUACUCUUCGUUCACCACCACCACCGCCUUUACGGAAUAUCACCGCCGCGAGCAACAACAAUGCGACUCCACCACCAACAACUCUUAACUACGCCACUAUGAGCGCAUCUUCUUCAAGCAACAGCUUAAAAAGCUUGGAAAAAAGUAGUCCUAUUGUACCGCGUCGAUUCGAACCAACACCACCCACACCGCCUUCACCCUCAACAUUUGUGAGAAGCAUGAAAGGUUCCAAGUACGAGAUAAGCGGUCCGAUAAACUUUCAACACGUAUCUGGCGAUAUGACACGCGAUCGGACGCGCAAUGCAUUCGAUCUUACCAUGACAAUGAAUGAUAAUGUAUUGAGAAAGUAUAUGCUGGAACGUGGUAUAACGGAAGAGGAUUUGAAGGGCAUGCGCAAACAGGAUAUCAUAAAAAAUAUCGUGCAAUCAAAGUUCAGUUGGAUGCCACCUAAGCGCAUUGUUAAUGGUACAGCAAGCCAAGCUUCUCCCAAUAUAAAGUACGCUACUGUGUCCACUGGCACUGAGUAUAUAGUAACCGGCUCGCCGAGGUUCUCCUCACGUCCGAGGAAGUCCAUGCAUGCGCCCCCUCCACCACCACCCCCACCAACAUCCUCAGUUUUAACACAUGCGCCAACAACUUACCAACAAGCAACGUCAGAAGUGGUGCCGCCAUCUCCACCACCCCAAAAUGCGAACACGCUGCCAAAAUCUGCCGCAAAUACGCUGUCCAGCUUAAACUUUUUAGCCGGACGUUUCGCCGAUCCUUCAGAUUUCCCAUCGAUCGAAGAUAUUUACAGCAACUCGACUGAAGUGGAAGCAAAAUCGCGUCAGCCUGCCAUGCAACCGAGGCAGACUUUAAGGCAACCACCACCACCUCCUCCAGCCGCUGUGAAACCGAAAACAAUAACCGAUGCACCACUGCAGCCGCCGCCACCAGCUCAAGUCACGGCAAACAAGCAAAAAUCAUCGGUUAUUUAUCAUUCCAACCAGAGCUUAUACAGCCUCGACGAAUGGGAGACUGAGGAAACUGCUAUUGAGAGAGAAAUAUAUGAAAGAACGAUUGCCGGUUGUAGAACGCCGCCGACAUCUAAGGUGUCGAUGGUGCCACCCAUCGAUAACACUUCUGUAAAACCAGUUUAUAAACCAAAACUUAACACAACAAGCGCGGAUGUUGGAGGAAAUUCUGGUGUUAGUGGUAGAAAACAGUUUACUGGACCACCAACACCACCAAAACCAGUGCUGAAACCAUUGUUUGGUGGAAGAGCUUCUACCGCAGUAAGACCUACGCCUCCGCCGCCUCCACCACCACUGACUCAACAAAUAGCUGCGAUGAGUGUCGCUGUACCACCACCACCACCAGCUCCUAAUAGCGGCAUACCAAUGCCAGCGCCACCCCCUCCCGUCAGUGGGGCACCUAUCCCACCGUUACUACCAGCCAGUUAUGGCGUACCAAUGCCACCGCCACUACCACCCAGUUAUGUCGCACCGAUGCCACCGCCACCACCUCCUGUUAAUGGUGCACCUAUGCCACCGCCACCACCUCCUGCUAGUGGUGCACCUAUGCCACCUCCACCACCAUCCUCACCAAACUCUGCAGCGAAAGGUAGCAGACAACCAACAGUUGCUACCUCUCGAACUAAUGAUAACGGCGAUGCUCGUGGAGCUUUGUUAGACAGCAUUCGGAAAGGUGUAGCAUUGAAGAAAGUCGAUCAGAAAGCAGCCACAAUCAGCGGGGUGAAACCACGCGCCGAACGCAAGCCGCCAGCAAACGACUUCCUUUCCGAACUUAAAAUGGGCAUAACGCUGCGCCGCGUAAAGGACAGGGCAGAUAACCCAUAUGCUGGCGAAGAUCCAGAUGAAUCGCAGGCUUAAGAACAGACACAAAUCAGAACCUAUUCGCAGCUUUAUUUCAAUCAAUAUCUUUUAAGACAGAACUUAUAAAUACCAGUAUAUUCAAAAUAUGGGUUUAUUUGAUGAAU